AUGACCGGUGUAUUCCGUUUUGGAUCUGUUUCUAUACUCGCCCAUAUGAUUCUCAUUCUUCCUCAUCCUUUUAUCUUCUCCGCACCUACUCCAACUCCACCAUCACAAGCUACUCAACCACGUCGUCGUCCUUCUCCAUUCUCCCGGGAUUAUCUCCGUUCUCGACUCUUUCAUCGCCCGAUCGAAGGAUUCUCAGAAUGGAUCUCACCGACAUCACGGGUGUAUCGUGGUCUCACACCGCAAUUCAAGGUCUUCCUGCAGAUUGCAGCCAUGACUCUUGGCGGAUGUAUCUGGGCCGAGCGGAGAGUGGCCGAGUAUAUUGAUCUGGUUCGACAGAUCAAACGAGCGGAACGAAGAGAGGCCGAGCGUGCAUCAGGGACGCGUCCAUAA